CUUAGCUUCACAAUUUUUGGGGCCAUUUUUGGACACCAUGGCCGCUCCCUACUUGAGCCGCUUGUCGACGGUACCUCGGUCCACCUGGAGCCCCGCUCCAGGUCUUUCAGCUCUUGCCCGGAACCAUCGGAGCCCUCGGAGCCAGACUCCUGCCAACGAUCAUCCGCCUUGCCGAGUGAGCGCAUGGCGAGCCGCUGCUUGCGCAGCGAUCUUGGCGUCUGCUCAGGCGUGCCCACGCGUGUCCGCAGCAGCGCGAGGCCGCAGAGCGCAGGCAGUGCACAGUCGGGCUGGUUCCGCCACUGCAUGCGCUGCUGGUGAUGUGCCAACACUUCAUGUAGGGCUCGUUGGUUACGGACUUGUAGGCCAAGAGCUUGUGAGACAGAUGAUCAAAGAAGGACCAAGUUUAGAGGAAAAGAUUGGAGUUCGGCUGGAGAUUUCAGCUGUCUCGCGCUCCAAGGUCAUGGCUUUGUUGCCCUCGGACAGCUUCAACUUUCUGGCUGAUGGCUGGGAUGAGAGCAAGGAAGAGCCGGCGGAUUUGGAGAAGCUGGGUCAGCAUGUAGUCAAAGCCGCGGCUUCGACUGGAGGUCGAGCUCUUAUAGUGGACAACACAGCAUCAGAUGCACCUGCUGAGCUGUAUGAGGCGUGGAUCCUCGCUGGUGCAGACGUUGCAACGCCCAACAAGCGUGCUGGCAGCGGGCCAUUUUCUCGCUACGAGAAGAUUCUGGCUGCGUCCAAGAAGACCGGUGCUCGGUUUCUCUACGAAGCCACCGUAGGUGCCGGGCUUCCAGUGGUUGGCCCAGUGCAAUCGCUGGUGCGAGCAGGAGAUGAGGUGGAGACAGUUGAGGGCAUCUUCAGCGGAACAUUGUCCUUCAUCUUCAACACUUGGAAGCCCGGCGUGAAGUUCUCAGAGGUUGUCAAAGAAGCCAAGGAGAAAGGUUUCACUGAGCCCGAUCCACGCGAUGAUUUGGGUGGAACUGAUGUACAGAGGAAGGUCACGAUCCUGGGCCGAGAGCUGGGCCUGAAGAUCGAGCUGGAGGAUGUGCCAGUGAAAUCCUUGGUGCCAGAGAAGCUUCAACAGUGGGAUGCUCCUAGUGGCAAGAACCUUGCUGAUGCAUUCAUCGAGGAACUUGAGGCCUAUGAUGAUGAGAUGGACAAACUCUUGGAGGAAGCGGAGAAAGCCAACGAAGUGCUCCGCUUUGUGGGCGCCGUGGAGGUGAAAUCUGGCAAGGCAUCAGUGAAGUUGGACCGCUAUCCCAAGGACCAUCCUUUUGCCGGAACGCAAUUUGCGGACAACAUCUGUGCGGUCUCAUCCAAGUGGUACACUCCAAGGCCUUUGGUGAUUCAAGGCCCCGGAGCAGGAGCAGCUGUUACAGCAGCAGGUGUCUUUGGCAACAUCAUGGAGGUGAUGAAUGGCAUGCGCUGAGGGCGACCAUUGCGACCAUCCACGAUGAAGA